CUGGCCCCACGUGACUAAGCCACGCAGCGGAGGGAGAGGGCGGCCAUGGGGCUGGGGGCGAGCACCCAGCAGCCGGCGGGCGGCGAGGGCUUCCACCUGCACGGGGUGCAGGAGAACUCGCCGGCCCAGCAGGCAGGCCUGGAGCCUUACUUUGACUUCAUCAUCACCAUCGGGCACUCGAGGCUGAACAAGGAGAAUGACACGCUAAAGGCGCUGCUGAAGGCCAAUGUGGAGAAGCCAGUGAAGCUGGAAGUAUUCAACAUGAAGACCAUGAAGGUUCGAGAGGUGGAGGUGGUGCCCAGCAACAUGUGGGGUGGCCAGGGCCUGCUGGGAGCCAGCGUGCGUUUCUGCAGCUUCCGCAGGGCCAGUGAGCACGUGUGGCAUGUACUGGACGUGGAACCCUCUUCGCCUGCUGCCUUGGCUGGCCUGUGCCCCUACACAGACUAUGUAGUUGGCUCUGACCAGAUUCUCCAGGAGUCUGAAGACUUCUUUACACUCAUUGAGUCCCAUGAGGGGAAGCCCCUGAAGCUGAUGGUGUAUAAUUCUGAGUCCGACUCCUGCCGGGAGGUGACUGUGACUCCCAAUGCAGCCUGGGGUGGAGAGGGCAGUCUGGGGUGUGGUAUUGGUUAUGGGUAUCUACAUCGGAUCCCAACGCAGCCCUCCAGCCACUACAGGAAGCCAGUUGGGGCCUCACCAACUGGCACUCCACCAGCUAAUACUCCACAAUUUAAUGCACUGCCUCUUGGGGCCCCACCACCUUGGCCCAUCCUUCAGGACUCUUCUGGCCCCGAGUUGGGUGACAGGCACAGUGUCAUGGAGGCCCUGCCACAGGUGUCUGGUGGCUUCAUGGAAGGACAGCUCCCUGGGCCUGGGUGUCCUAGCCAUGGUGCUGCCGACCGUGAGGGAUGCCCGUGUUCCGUGGAGAUCCCUCUUCAGCCUCCACCUCCAGUGCAGCGGGUCAUGGAUCCAGGCUUCCUGGAUGUGUCAAGUAUGUCUGUCCUGGACAGCAGCAAUACCAGUGUGUGCCCUAGCCUGCCACCUUCCACAGUGCUCACCUCCACAGCAGUCUCAGCCUCAGGACCAGAGGAAAUUGGUUCCAGCAGCAGUUCUCAUGAGCGGGGUGGUGAAGCCACGUGGUCAGGGUCAGAAUUUGAGGUCUCCUUCCCUGACAGUCCGGGUGCCCAGGCAGACCACCUGCCCCAGCUGACUCUCCCUGAUGGCCUCACCUCUGCAUCCUCACCAGAAGAUGGGCUAUCUGCAGAGCUGCUGGAAGCACAGACUGAGGAUCCAGCAGACACAGAGACUGAGGGGCCAGGCAGCCAAACUCCGGUCACCCCGGAACCACAGCCUGGGCUGUGAGGAGGCUCCUGGCGGCCUUUGGUGUUGCUUAGCUUAUGUCUGUGUAGCCCUUUAGGCUGAAGCUCCUAGUGAGGGUUAGGGUCAUGGGCUUUGCUAGUCUCCUCCUAGGGGCUAGCCUUCACCCCAGUUCUGGACUGAGGGGCAGGGAAGCUGGGAGCAACAUCCCAGCUUCUGAGUUUAGGCAGAGGAUGGACUCUAGGCCUCCUCACUGAGGCACUGAAGCCUCCUGGGUAGGGAAGGAAGAUCAGGUGGGAGUAGGAGUUAGCGUAAGCCAUGGCACGUGAGCUCCAGUCAGCUGUGAGGGAACCACUGAUCGAUCUGACCGAGAAUGACCUUGGAAGAGGAGGACCCCAAGUCCCAAUGCCUCUCCCAUUCUAAUCCUUAUGCUGGAGGAGAGAGGCAGUGUACUUGGCCACUUUGUUCUCAAGUUGGAAAAUUCUAGGCCCUUCACAGGACCUACCUGUGCUAGUCACCCCCUCCCCCGGGUGUGGAGGGGCACACACUCCAGUUGUAGUGUCCGUGACCCCUCCUCCCAGGCCCCACAGACAGACCACAGGCUCUGAGUGCACAAGGUAUUCAGCCAGGCCUGAUGGUGCACAGGCACAAACUUACUUAUGCUCACCAUCAAAGUCACUCUCCUCUGUACCUCUUCGCUCUAGCUCCACCCUAGGGGAGACUGGAUGGUGGUGGGCACAGGCCCCUCCUACCUGUCCCUACAACUCUAGGUACCUUUAGUUUAGAGGCCAAGGCUAGGAGAGGCUGUCUGCUCUGCUGGAUUUCCACAGCCAGCACCAGGCAUGUCCUGUGCAGCUCCCGGCGCCUGCAUCCUCGCUAAUCACUCUAAGUUGCCUCUGGUCUUGUUCUCCAGUUUUGUAUGUCCGUAGACCACGUGUAACUGUUAAGCCAAGGACUCUAUUCUAGGAAGCACAGGCCAUACGACACAGUGGGCUGGGCCCUAGCUGGGCAAACACUAAGCUCCAAGCACUAGGAAUACAUUUCUGUCCAGGCCUAGGAGGCAUCCCAGGGCCUCUGGUAGUGCCAGGAAUAGUGUCACUCUGGGGCCGGCUCACCUUAGCUCUGUAGCUAGGCGCUCUGACCCUUGGUUUUGCCCUAAUUGGAAGGUUCUGCUCCUUGAGACCUCAUUAAGUGGGGUAAGAUGGAUGUUGAUGUUUCAAAUAUGAACCCCAGACACUUCUUUCCCUGUAAUCUGCUGUGAAGGCAAAUGACAAGUGAAAAAAUAAAUGUGUAAGACACACUGAAAUAGUUUAACUAAAGCUUUAUUCUAUACAACUUGAAAUACACUCUGACCCUUUUGGCAUUGCAGACUGUCCAAUUUUCCGGAAACUUAUUACUGAUUUUGUCUAGAGGGGAAAAAGUACAACCAUGCUGGGGGUAAAAUCCACCACGGGGCACAGCUAACUGCCUGCGGCUCAGCACUGGGCCAUGACCAGUGAGGCCCACUUAGUGCAGAGACCCUCCUGCAACACUACUGAGGGCAGGGCUCCCCACCCCCUUGCUUUUAGACCAUGUGUCACUAGAAAUACGCACCAGAAGUGCACUGUUGUGUCUAGCAGAUAAAAAGGACCAUGUAAAAAGCCGCCAGCUGCUCAGAGGAAGGGAGAGUAUCUUAACACCCGGGAGUGGUCUUUGCUCACUUGAGGUGUGGAGGCCAUGGCAUGUCUGUGCUCCACAGUCAGCUGUGAGGGGACCCUGUUCUGCAGUUGUGCGUAUCAAUGCCUCAAUUUGUAAGGGACGGAUCUGGACCCAUCAGCUGCCCCAGCAGAACCUGUGAAGAUGUAGAAAAGAAAAAGCCCUCGGCCGGUUCCUGCUCCUGGGGGGGCAGGCCACACUCGGUAGGAGGCGACUGGACUGGAAUAAACUGCCCCUGAAGGCACUUGUGCUUCUG